CUCCUCUUCCUCCUCCUCCUCCUCCCACCAGGGAGGAGUUGACCAGACGGCUCGCGGUCAGUCAGUCAGUCAGUCGGACGUUUGCUAUCCGAUACGCUUGGCGCGCGCGGCGCAACUCGUGGUCGGGAAAUCAAAUCGGUGCCGGCCGCACCGUGUGUCAGUCGCAGACGCGAACCGGCGUUAACACCGCGAGGUAGAAGAAGCGGCGAAAGAGAUAUACGGGAAUAAGAGACGCGAGAGAGCCACACGCGGGUGGCAAGAGAGGGCGGAGUGCAGGGGCGCGAAACGAGACGAAGAGGAGGAAGAGAGAGAGAGAGAGAAGAGCCGACGACACGACGACGAAGCAGCCGCCGCUCCGCUCUCCCGUGUCUCUCCGUCUCUCUCUCUCGGGGCGCUCUCGUAGCGCGCGGCCGUGUACCUACUACGCUAUACCUACCACCUUAUAAAACGCGCGCCGCAGCCCGCAGUAUCGCGCGCUCUCGUGGUGGCCGGCCGGCGGUGGUGGUGCGGAGGGGCGCACGAGGCGCGAGACGCGAGGCGCGAGAGGAGCGCGAAUCGAGAGAUCGCUCGGAGUAGCGGCUCGGAGUUGCGUUGCGAGAGAGCGCGGCGCGCGAGACCGGGAGGCUUUCUCGCCAGUUGUUCGCUUCGCCUCGUUCCCUCCGCGCGCGCGAGAGAGCUCGUGUGUUUCCUAUAUGUGUGCUUGCGCGGUAACGCGGAACGUCCGCACGUGAGGAUCGCGUCUUGGACCUUCGGUAUACGUACCACCUCGAACGCCGACAGUGCCGACACGCCGAAUAGGAAUAUAAUAGAGGCGGCCGCGCGGCGCGUCACGCGCUCGUUCGAGAUACACAGCCUUUCAAAACGCUUUUCCUCUCCCUCCCUGUUUUUCUCGGCGGAAACGCGAAGGGGUAGAUUACGUGGUGCAGAAAAGUUUUGUGCAGUGAACGGUCGUUAAUAGACCAGUGCCGCGGGGCUUCGACGACGAGGAAGGAGACCGAGAGGGAGAGCGGGAGGGAAAGAGGAGGAAGACGCGCUAUAUGCGUAAGGCACCGGUGCGAGUGCCAGGACCGUGUGCGAGAGAGUUAGCCGGCUGAUAAACCGGCGGAAGGAGAAGAGGAAGAGAGAGAGAGGAUUAGGGUGGCCGCCGCGAGAGACCGAGAGUCGCCAAGAUGCAUCUCCACGGUGGUCUGAUGCUGCCGAUCCUAUUCAUCGUCGCUUCCUGCCCUUUGACGCUGCGCGCGCGAAAAGUCGCACCCUUGAUCGAGGACGACUGGGCGAGGAGACCGCAUCGGCCCGCCGAAUGCAUGUUCGGCAAGCAGAUUCGCGAACUGGGCUCGACAUGGUUCGCGGACUUGGGCCCGCCCUUCGGAGUCAUGUACUGCAUCAAAUGCGAGUGCAUACCGGUGCAAAAGAAACGGCGGAUCAUCGCGAGAGUUCAAUGCCGCAACAUCAAGAACGAAUGCCCGAAACUCACGUGUGACGAACCAGUUUUACUCCCGGGUCGAUGCUGCAAAUCCUGUCCCGGUGACUUCAACGCAGACAUAGCGCAGGAUCUGCCGGCGCAACUGACUUCGGAGGAAGAGGAGCGGAGCCUGAAACAUUUCGGCACCCUGUUGACGGGCAGAACGUCGCAGUCCCUGCGUCGCGACGAACCGAGUCCGACGUCGGUUUAUAACAGCGCGUAUAACUACCUGGCGACUGGUCGCUUCACGUUCCAUCGCAAGAACAUCUACUACUCGUUCUAUCUGUCCGCGUCGACGCCCCGGCCGCGCAGUAUACAGUUCGUCGAUGGGUCCGGCAGUAUCCUCGAGGAGCAGGUGAUCGAUCCGGUCGGUGGCGCUUAUCAGAACGCCACCGGCAAGCUCUGCGGCGUGUGGAGACGCGUGCCGCGCGACUAUCGCAAGCUGCUGCGCGAGGAACGGCUGCACGUGUCUUUCCUCUGGGAGCCCUCGUCGAGCCUGACCGGUCAGCUGUCGCGUUAUCGCGCGCUCUCGACCGAGCAGUUCUCCUCGCUCUUGGAACCGGCGAUGGGCGUCGACCGGUCGUUGAUGGCCGGCGCGGGCGCGACGGCGAUCGUGUCCGCCUCGUCCGCUUCGGCGCCGUCGAUCCACGUGUCUCUCGUCUUCAACGGCCUCUUCCUGCCGAACGACGUGGCUGAUAUCCCGCUGAUCGUUCAGCUGGAACAUCACGAGAAGGAUUACGUGGUCCUCCGCGAGGAGAUAAUAGUGAGAAAACCGUCGAAUGAGCUGAAUUACGGUGAAGUUCGCAGCGCGAUCUCCGGGACUGACCUUCGUCUCCUGGCUCGAGGCAAGUUGUCGAUCAGCAUAAUGUCCCGCAAUGAUUCACAGGCUCUUCGACUGAUAGGCACGGUUGGCCCGCGCGCGACCUGCGACAUGUAUCAGACGUUGCUCCUAUCGGAGACGCCGUCCAUGGCGUCCGGAUUGGCCUGGGCCUUCCUGGACCGUAUUGGCGCGCUACGUUACGGAGUACAAUUGAUAGGACUCGAAGAGGAGAGCCCCCUGGUGACCCUGGUGGACGAGGGGGGAAAACGGAGAAUGGAACUCGAGGAUCUGACACCUUCGUUGGUCGGUGGUCUCGCGAACGGUUCUCUAGAUCGGCCCGGACCGAGACUACUGCAGCCGCUCUUCAACGAGGAACUCUCCGUAGUCGCUGCGAGUCAUGUUGGCUCCAUGUUACGCGGCAGACUUUUGGAGCGACCCGUGGCGGACGCCAGAGACACGGCUGCGCCAGUACUGCUGCGGAGAUUGACCAAGGAGCCAACGCAUCCCGGACCGGUCGGCCUGAUAUGGACCGCGGUGGACCUAGACUGUUCUCUGCACUAUGAGCUGGAGCUCGCCGGUUUCCCGCCCUCCUCCCAGGAACCACGGACGUUCCGUUUGUACUUGGAGACGAUGCCGAUGCUGGCGCAGGGAGCUCCCGUCGCCAGGAGACUUCUCGAAGAAUUCACAGGAUACUCCUUGGAGGGUUCGGUCACCGGGCUGUCGCCGAUGGAGCUCUACAGGAUUGAGUCGGGCAUCGGUUUCCUCGAGGUGACGGACAAGCAAGUCACUCACAUCCUGAAGGCCCCCUUCAAAGCCAGGGCACCGUUCAGCUGUCUGCCGCACUAUGCUGACAACGAUGUUGCCUCUGUAGUGGCGUACAAUCUGCAGCCAUCCAGGUCGGACAUCGAGACCGGCGCGUGCUUCCACGAGACCAGAUUCUACGAGGAGGGCACGCAAUGGACUUCGAGCUCGGACCCCUGCUCGAUGUGUCAUUGCUAUCGCGGCUUGGCACAAUGCGACACGGUACCCUGUCCGACGAUCUCUUGCGAGUUGGGAAAGCAACUCAAGCAACCGCCGGCCGGUCAUUGCUGUGCGAUAUGCGCAGACUCGAUUGCCGAAACUAACUCUACGAUCAAGGACAAUGCCACGAGAGGUUGUACCUUGGCCGGACAAUAUCACCUCGCGGGAUCAUCCUGGCAUCCGUAUCUACCACCAGUAGGAUUCGACACUUGUGCAGUUUGUACUUGCGACGCUGUCACGCUGGAGGUGAAAUGCCCGCGGGUGCAGUGUCCGCCGCUCGAGUGCGACGAGAAGAUCGCCUUCAGGCCGGACAAGAAGGCCUGCUGCAAGCAGUGCCCGGCGACGACGCCUCGUAGCGACGUGGCCACCACCGAGGCAGGCGACACCGUACGCCUACCGAGGGACCAGGCCUUACCUUCGACGCGGCGCACCGCGGAGGAGAUACUCUUUUCCGGUGGCUGCAAGUACCCCGUCGGCGGGCCUUACGAGAACGGCAUGGAAUGGCAUCCCCGGCUGCACUCGCACGGCGAGAUGAAGUGCGUCAAGUGCCGUUGCAAGAACGGCGAGGUCAGGUGCGACAGGAAACGCUGUCCACGGUCGCUCUGUAACACGAUCGCGCAUCAGUUGAAGCGCGGCGAGUACGUGGCGGACGCCGACGAUUGCUGCACGGCGCAGUGCGAGCACCGCGCGAGGCGUCAUCACCGCAACAAUCAUCAUCCGGCGCGGCGGCACUCCGUGACGCCGCGCGAGCUGAGCUGAGCCCGGUUAGUCUUCCGGAGAAGAGGUCUUGCCCCGGUCCACGAGGAAGCUCCGCCGCGUGCGCCGUAAUCACCGUUGGGGAUGACGACGGGAUCAGUCGCGGCCGCCGCGACCGCGGAUUCCACGAUCGCAAUUGUCCGUCCGCGCGAUCACUCCUCGUGCAUCGUACUGAACCGAGGGGCCCCUCGACGACACUUGACGACACGGAAACCAAGUCAAACCGAACGGUUCUGUACAACGCGCGCAUUAAAAUCGCGGGAGGCUGGAAACUACAAGGCGUUCAUCCGAGGCGAACCGAAUUAAAGGAAGGGAGAGGAGGAGCGGUAGGAGGAAUUGCAAAAAACGAGGGAGAUUCGCGGAUGAGAUUCAGUCGCGCGUUUCGACUGAGCGAGAACGACGGCGCGCGCGCCAACUCUGUCAUUUUAAUUUUCAGCAGUGGUACUCGAGACGACGAGGGUAAUUAAUCAAACGGAAUGACGGAUGCGCGC